UCAGAAGGAAAAUAAGAAAUUGCUGCAGAUUUCAUUUUACAAUGUAAGAAAAUCUACAAUUUCUUCAAGACUCUAAGAGAUUUGUGAAUGAACUUUGCUAAGUAUGGAUUCAGGUGGAGGAGGCAGUCUUGGAUUGCACACAUCAGACUCUAGAAUGGCCCAUACCAUGAUUAUGCAGGAUUUUGUGGCUGGAAUGGCUGGUACUGCACAUAUCGAUGGAGACCAUAUUGUUGUUUCAGUUCCUGAGGCUGUAUUAGUUUCUGAUGUUGUCACAGAUGAUGGGAUAACUCUUGAUCAUGGCCUUGCAGCUGAAGUUGUUCAUGGGCCUGAUAUCAUCACCGAGACUGAUGUAGUAACAGAAGGUGUAAUUGUUCCUGAAGCUGUACUUGAAGCUGAUGUCGCCAUUGAAGAAGAUUUAGAGGAAGAUGAUGGUGAUCACAUCUUGACUUCUGAGCUAAUUACAGAAACCGUUAGAGUACCUGAGCAGGUUUUUGUGGCUGACAUUGUUACUGGUCCUGAUGGACACUUAGAACAUGUGGUCCAAGAUUGUGUUUCAGGAGUUGACUCUCCCACAAUGGUAUCAGAGGAGGUUCUUGUAACUAAUUCAGAUACAGAAACUGUGAUUCAAACAGCUGGUGGUGUUCCUGGAUCUACAGUUACUAUUAAAACAGAAGAUGAUGAUGAGGAUGAGGAUGAGGACGAUGUCAAGAGCACUUCUGAGGACUACUUAAUGAUAUCAUUGGAUGAUGUUGGGGAAAAAUUGGAGCAUAUGGGGAACACACCAUUAAAAAUCGGCAGUGAUGGUUCACAAGAAGAUGUUAAAGAAGAUGGAUUUGGUUCAGAAGUAAUAAAAGUGUAUAUAUUUAAAGCUGAGGCUGAAGAUGAUGUUGAAAUAGGCGGAACAGAAAUUGUCACAGAGAGUGAGUACACCAAUGGACAUUCUGUAGCUGGAGUGCUUGACCAAAGCCGAAUGCAGCGGGAGAAGAUGGUUUACAUGGCAGUUAAAGAUUCUUCUCAAGAAGAAGAUGAUAUCAGUUGCGCUGAAAUAGCAGAUGAAGUUUACAUGGAAGUCAUUGUAGGGGAAGAGGAAGGAACUUCUCUCCCUGAGACUCAGCUUGAGGACUCUGAUGUUAAUAAAACAAUUGUCCCUGUUGUCUGGGCUGCGGCAUAUGGAGAUGAAAGAAGAGUUUCGCGAAGGUAUGAAGAUUGUCAAGCAUCAGGAAAUACUUUGGACUCAACAUUAGAAAACAGAAGUAGUACAGCAGCACAGUACCUUCAAAUUUGUGAUAGCAUUAAUACAAAUAAAGUACUUAAACAAAAAGCCAAGAAGCGGAGAAGGGGAGAAACGAGGCAGUGGCAAACAGCUGUUAUAAUAGGCCCUGAUGGACAGCCCCUGACAGUAUACCCUUGCCAUAUUUGCACAAAAAAGUUUAAAUCAAGGGGAUUCUUGAAAAGACACAUGAAGAAUCAUCCUGAUCAUUUGAUGAGAAAAAAAUAUCAGUGUACAGAUUGUGACUUUACAACUAACAAGAAAGUGAGUUUCCAUAACCACUUAGAAAGCCAUAAGCUUAUAAACAAAGUUGACAAAACCCAUGAAUUUACAGAAUAUACACGAAGAUACAGAGAGGCUAGUCCACUGAGUUCAAAUAAACUUAUACUAAGAGACAAGGAGCCGAAAAUGCACAAGUGCAAAUAUUGUGACUAUGAAACUGCAGAACAAGGACUAUUAAACAGACAUUUACUGGCUGUUCACAGCAAGAAUUUUCCUCACGUUUGUGUUGAGUGUGGGAAGGGCUUUCGACAUCCUUCUGAACUCAAAAAACAUAUGAGAACCCAUACUGGUGAGAAGCCAUAUCAGUGUCAGUAUUGUGUUUUCAGGUGUGCAGAUCAAUCAAAUCUGAAAACUCACAUUAAGUCUAAGCAUGGUAAUAAUUUGCCAUAUAAAUGUGAACAUUGUCCCCAAGCAUUUGGUGAUGAGAGGGAGCUCCAACGCCAUCUGGAUUUGUUUCAAGGACAUAAGACACACCAGUGUCCUCAUUGUGAUCAUAAGAGCACCAACUCAAGUGACCUUAAGCGGCACAUCAUAUCUGUCCAUACUAAGGAUUUUCCUCACAAAUGUGAGGUCUGUGAUAAAGGUUUCCAUCGUCCUUCUGAGCUCAAAAAGCAUAGUGAUAUCCAUAAGGGUAGGAAGAUUCAUCAGUGUAGGCACUGUGACUUUAAAACAUCAGAUCCAUUUAUUCUUAGUGGUCAUAUCCUUUCAGUUCAUACUAAGGAUCAGUCAUUGAAGUGUAAAAGGUGCAAGAGAGGGUUCAGACAACAAAAUGAGCUCAAAAAGCAUAUGAAGACCCACACUGGAAGGAAGAUUUACCAAUGUGAGUAUUGUGAGUACAGUACCACAGAUGCAUCUGGCUUUAAACGACAUGUGAUAUCAAUACAUACAAAAGACUAUCCACACAGGUGUGAAUUCUGCAAAAAGGGAUUCCGAAGACCAUCAGAAAAAAAUCAGCAUAUUAUGAGGCACCACAAGGAGGCUCUUAUGUAAUAAGACCAAUAUAAAGAAAGAAACUCUUUGGAAAAUAUGAUAUGCUACAUGGCAGUAAAAUUUCAUAAACUGUUUCAUCUGGUUACAAACUUGAUAUUAAAGCAUAACUUUACAUUCUUUGUAUUAAAGAUAUUUGAAUUGACAGGGUAUCUCAUAGCCCUUUGAAAAUUACUUAAAGAAUUUAAGAAGCACCAUAGAAUGGUUGUAGAAAAACAUAUCCAGUGUCGAUUUAAUAGGAUUAUAUGUAUAAACUACAGAAGGGAAGAGCAAAGACAAUGACUUUAUUUGGCUGAUCAUACUAGAGACAUGAUUCUGAAAAAAAAUCAUACAUAAUUUAGGAGUUUAGCAAUGCUUUGCUAUAACAAGCAAGCCUCACUUUUAUGCAAUUUUAGAAAUGAGUGGGAAAUAAAAUGCAGUCAUCCAUCAGUCAUUUAGUCAUUGAGCCUUUUAUAUGGUACCUGGAAAUUGAAUUCCAGAAAUCUAAAAGUUUAUGUAUUCAUUAAAAUAAAUUUCACUGGGAAACAGAUUAGAUUAAUUCAAUACUAUUAAAAAAACAAAUUUCAGAGCUGCUAAAAUUUUAUCACAGGACAGGAUGUUUGAAAUAGAGCAUUGUGUGCUAAAGUCUAAGGUGAAGUCUAAGAAUUAAAGUUCCCUUUUUUCUGAUGUUUGAGUUGAUUGUUGUUCAGUAUGGCAUAUAUGACAAAAAUAUAUUUGAGUCAAAUAUGGCUUUCUAAAACGGAUGCAACCAGUAGUGUUGCAAACAAAGUUAGCACUAUAUUUCUUAAUUAUCUAAAUAUUAAAUUGAGAGAACACAGUUUUCUUAAAUAUUAUAAUGUUUAGGUUUUUUUAGGACAGUCUUAGCAAGUAUGAUGGUUCUAGUCUUACUUGCUCUAAUGUUUAAAGGUGCAAUUUUAUGCCAUUAUUGAAAAUUUUGAUUUUUAAAAUCUAUAUACCAUAUAAUUAACAUGCAUUUUCAAUAUGAGGCAGUGUUUAUGCAGUAUUUUAAAAAACACUGUACUGCCAAUAGAGUUCAGAAGUGGAUAUUCAGUUUACAGUGUAUAAAUUUAAAAUAUGCAUCCCUUUAACAAUGCUUUGUGUUAGCAUGCUGCAAAUCAAAAUGGCGCUUAAUAUAAAAAGCUGGUUUAGGGAAAUUUAAUGAAAUCCUCUUCAUAAAUGUAAUGCAUAUGAUGUGUACUUUUAAGUUUUAGUUGCUUCAUGUUUACACUCAGCUGUUCAACAUCAUUAAAAUGUAAUUUUACUUCAUGCUUUAUUGUGGCUUUGUGUUUCAACUAAUGUUCACCUUUCUGUUUUUGCACCAGAUAAGAAUCAGUUUCUUGAGAAUAAAUUUUUUAUCUUUCUUAACUUCAGAAUAUUAAAUUUGGAAAAUCUAAAAUUGUGUGUUAUGUGGCUGUAAAUGAUGUACACGCUGUAAAAUAAGA